UUUUCGGAGAAAGGGGCUUCAUUCGAAGCUCAUAGCUCGCGGCGGCGGCGGCGGCUACUGCUCGGCCUCCAGCGUCGCGGACGAUGGCCGGGGCAGGAGGCAGCUGCGGCUCGGGAGGAGGAGGAGGAGUGCGCGACAUGGACGCGCUGGAGGGCGUGCGCUCGAUCGUGCUGAAGCCCUCGGAGUCCCUCGACGAGGGGCGGUUCGCGAGGAUCGCCGGCGCCGACUUCGACGACGCCGGGCUCGGGCUCUCCGGGCUGCUCGCGUCGCUCGCCUCCACCGGAUUCCAGGCCUCCAACCUCGGCGACGCCAUCGACGUCGUCAACCAGAUGUUAGAAUGGAGGCUGUCCCAUGAGAAGCCAGACGAGGACUGUGAUGAAGCUGAGCUUAACCCUACAUAUAGAGAAUCUGUGAAGUGCAAAAUAUUCCUGGGAUUCACGUCAAACCUUGUUUCUUCUGGCAUUCGUGAUGUUAUCCGUUUUCUAGUUCAGCAUCAUAUGGUGGAUGUUAUUGUUACAACUGCGGGUGGUAUAGAGGAGGAUCUUAUCAAAUGUCUUGCUCCCACUUACAGAGGGGAAUUUUCUUUACCUGGAAUGCUGUUGCGGUCAAAGGGAUUGAAUCGGAUUGGAAAUCUAUUGGUUCCUAAUGAUAACUACUGCAAGUUUGAGAACUGGAUUAUGCCACUUUUUGACCAGAUGCUACAAGAGCAAUCCCCUGAGAAUGUUUGGACACCAUCGAAGGUCAUUGCCCGUCUUGGCAAAGAAAUAAAUGAUGAAAGUUCCUACCUUUAUUGGGCAUAUAAGUGUUAUGAUCUCUGUAACUCAAAGACUGAAAAGAGACAUACUGACUCCCCAAAACUUGAUCAGAACAAUAUUCCUGUAUACUGUCCAGCAUUGACUGAUGGGUCACUUGGAGACAUGCUAUUCUGUCAUGCAGUCCGCAAUCCUGGCCUAAUUAUUGACAUUGUACAAGAUAUAAGAUUGAUGAAUGGGGAAGCCAUUCAUGCAACCCCAAGGAAGACAGGGAUCAUAGUUCUUGGUGGAGGUCUACCCAAGCAUCAUAUAUGCAAUGCCAAUAUGUUUCGCAAUGGUGCAGAUUACACAGUCUAUAUCAACACAGCUCAAGAAUUUGAUGGCAGUGAUUCUGGAGCACAGCCUGAUGAAGCAGUUUCAUGGGGAAAGAUCAAAGGUUCAGCCAAACCUGUCAAGGUGCAUUGUGAUGCCACGAUCGCUUUCCCAUUACUCGUGGCUGCAACAUUCGCACGCAAGCUUCAUGGUGCAAAAACAAACCUAAUGAAUUCUCUGGGUGCUGCGAGCUAAAUCGACUCGUGUCGAGCUCCUCAACGGCUGAGUGUUAGACUGCACUUUUUUGCAAAGAUGCAGUGGAUGCUUACGUUGUACGUACGUCUAGAACACUGCAAUUGUGACCGGUUGGGUGGGUGAUUCUGACAAGUGCGAGACAUGAAGUGAUAUUUAAGUCAUCAUUACAGGUGCAUUUCGGGUACUUGUUGGCUUGCGCAGCUCGUCAGCUGCGCCUAGACGCAACGGAACUACGGAAGAGGGGAAAGGUUAUUUUUAUGCCCGGCCCACUUACACUCGCGGCCUAUCCAUCCCAGCCCACUUAUGAUGCGUAAUUAUUUGUUCCAUUGUGUUCUUUUGCGCUGCAUGGCCGAAUACAUAUAUGAGACUGCCUCCUUCUACAAAAUCUUAAUUAUUUCUCUAAUUUGAAUUGUAUGAAAAUAUAUGUAUUUUUAUACUACCUCUGUUUCAUUUAUUUGUCAUUU